AUUUAAUGCUUUUCAGUUGGGUUUCUCCUAAAUAUAGCUACGUAAUUCGCGUUAAUGUUGCUGCUGUAUUAUUGGUAAUUUUAAUGAAAAAAUGAAACGUUCUUCAAGUGGCAGUUCAAUAAAACCGACCGUGCCAGAAAAUGCCACCCCCUUACAACCAACAGUGCUUGGUUCUUAUAGGGAAAUGAACAGCGACUUUAUUUGUCCAAUUUGCUUCAAUUUAAUAGAGGAAGCAUAUAUGACCAAGUGCGGACACACUUUUUGCUACAAUUGCCUUAAGAAAAGCCUGGAACAAAGCAACAAAUGUACAAAAUGUAACUCAGCUCUGAGCAAAACAGAUGAAAUCUACCCUAAUUAUCUUCUUAAUAAUCUGAUUCAAAAGAAGAAGAAAAAAAUGGAUGAGAUGCUUGCUUGUUCAAAGCGCAUGAAAAUAGACAGUCGCUUAUGGGAGUGGCAGUCAUUACUGGCCACUGAGGAUGAUGACAUUCACCUUGCUGAUAUUGAUCAAAUGCUUAAACUGCUGCAGGAAAAACGACGGCGUUUGGUGCAAGAGAGUGCAGUGGCACAUAAUCAAGUUCUGCUUGAAUUUCUUUUUGAAUUAAAGAAACAGAAGCAAACUGCUUUAGAAAGAGCAAGAACCGAACUCUCUGUUGUUGAGACAGAUAUUAGUCGAGUAGAGGAAGCAUUGGAAAGAGGUGUGGAUAAAACAUUGUUGGAUUCGGUUGUACCAGAUGAUAAUGAUGAAAAUAUCAAAAAAGAACAGUUGGUUCCGAAACCUCAUUCCUCAGAACCUUCAACAUCAUCAGCUGCAGGUUCUUCAUCUGAAACGAGCAUCGAAACAUUUAAUCAACUGUCACAGAAAAGCAAAGAUGAAGAAAGUUCAUUGCAUCGGACCGUGGCAAAGAGAAGAUGCAGAUUACAUGCUCACUUUGAUGAUCUGCAUGAAUGUUAUUACAACACUCGACUUUGUGAAAUUGCUCCUGUGGAAGAAAGGAAUGUAGAACUUCUGGGUGAUUUUAGCAACAAGCUUCGAAGAUUCACGCAAUUUUCAUCGAUUCGUGCGGUGGCUUCGCUUAGUUAUGCCAGCGAUAUUUUGAACCAGUCCAGCAUUGUUUCAAGCAUUGACUUCGAUAAAGAUUGUGAUCAUUUUGCUGUUGCAGGUGUCACCAAGAAAAUUAAAGUCUACGAUUAUGAAUCUGUGGUUAACAACGUCAUUGAUGGCGUUAAUUGUCCGAUUGUGCAAAUGGCAUGCAACUCAAAAAUUUCUUCUAUCAGUUGGAGCCACUACCAUAAGUCAUGGUUGGCGAGCAGUGAUUAUGAAGGUUCUGUGAUCUUGUGGGAUGCCUUUACAGGUCAGAAAAACAAAGUGUUUCAGGAGCAUGAGAAGCGAUGUUGGAGCGUAGACUUUAACAGUGUUGAUCCAAGGUUGCUCGCUUCUGGUUCAGAUGAUGCUAGGGUAAAACUAUGGUCUACUGGGGUUCAACGGUCUGUUGCUUGCAUUGAGGCAAAAGCAAAUGUAUGUUGCGUUCAAUUCAACCCACACAGUGCAUUUCAUUUGGCAUUUGGCUGUGCUGACCAUUUUGUCCAUUACUAUGAUAUUCGAAACACAAAGCAAUCUGUGUCUGUUUUUCGCGGACACAAGAAGGCUGUUUCGUACGCAAAGUUUGUGGAUAAAGAUGAAAUUGUGUCUGCCUCAACCGACAGCGAGCUUCGCUUGUGGAAAACUUCAACCUCUCCUUGUGUUCGAUCCUUCCGUGGACACACCAACGACAAAAACUUUGUUGGACUUGCAACCAACGGCGACUACAUUGCUUGUGGUAGCGAAAACAACUCCUUGUAUAUUUACUACAAAGGAUUAUCUAAGUCUUUGUUAACAUACAAAUUCAAUGUUGUGAAAAGUGUUCUUGACCGAGAACAAACAGAUGAUGACAGCAAUGAGUUUGUGAGUGCAGUUGCGUGGAGGGCCAACAGUGACAUCAUUGCAGCUGCCAAUAGUCAAGGAACAAUAAAAAUAUUAGAACUAAUAUAACUAAAGCCAUCUGUGCUAACAUCUGUAUGCGAUAAACGCUACAUUUAUUCCUAUGUUACCAUCUGUAACCAUUAACGUCAUGUGUGUACCACUUAACUGCCUGCCUACUACUUACUUCAUAACAUUGUUUGUAUGCAACAAUUGCUUUGUCAAUUGUUACCUACCAUACAUAUUUCAUACCAAUGUUCCAUCGUACCUGCAUUGUGUUGUAUGUUUUUACCACUCUGCAUAAAAGGCGACAUUUUACUGAAGUAAAUUAUUUCAACAAUGGUUUGUCAUUAAAAAGAAUGUUAAAAUCACACUAAACACUAAGAUAAAUGUUUUGUCACUCUGUUGUUCAUGUCCAUGAUUCAUGUCCAAUAUUUUUCACAAUGCUAGUUGUUGCAAUUCAUGUCAUUGACAUUUGACAUAUUUCUCUGCUUUUGUAUCUUACAUCAAAAUAUUACAACAACCUUUUAUAUAUUUUGUUUCACAUCGAACCUGUAUACUUUACAGCAAUUGUUUCGCCAUUUACCAUACCUGUCUCACCUACAAUUUAACUGUUCAGUGUUUUUGCUUUAUUAAACCAUUUUUGCAGUUGUAUUUUUCAAUUGCAG